AUGUCAGACGCCUUCUCGUGCCGUGUAACGCGUGAUUUGGGCCUCUUUGACUUCUUUCGCAGCCGUACCUUGUCUCUGAGUCGUCGCGAGUCUUGCAGCACAUCUCAUCCGUCUUCUAGAACGAUUGGUAGCCAGCCUAAGCCCACGGGUCGCUUGUUCGAGUCGUCCGCUUCAAUGCCGCCUUUACCAGCCUCUGGACCAUCAGAAGCUUCGAACGCGGCCCCAUCAUCCUCUUCUACCGUUUCAAUGCCUCCUCUUGAGUCUCUGAACUUUGUAGACACGACAAUAUCAGUGGAAUCGUGCAGUAAUGACCAUUUAAGUGACGACGACAGUGACAGCAGCUCAGAUGACGGUAUUGGCUCGACUACCGACAGUAAUCGCAAAAGCGUAGAAAGUGCAAUCACUAAAUACGAAGUGGUUCGUGAGCUUGGACGUGGUGCUACGGCCGUCGUCCAGCUGGGUCGACUCCGUGGUGGAGAUGAUUUGGUGGCUUUAAAGGUUUUUAAGACGUCAUUACUCAAGAAAAUGCGAGAUGUAAAGCGUGUUGGUCGACGCAUGGUAGUGUCUACUGCACUGGAUAAGGUACAAGUGGAGAUUGCUAUUAUGAAGAAGCUACAUCACCCAAAUUUGUUGAAUCUAUUGGAAGUAUUCGAUGACGACUCGGAAAUGCUAGUACUUAUGCUGGAGUAUGCACCAUCGGGGCAAGUGAUGCAGUGGUAUCCUGAAGAGAGGCUGUAUAAGAAGACUGAUGCAAACAAGAAGGAUAUUAGCUCUUUUUGCUUUGGUCAAGAAGAGCUACGUGUUUGUGUGCGACAGCUACUUUUGGGACUCGAGUACCUUCAUGAGAACAACAUUUGCCACCGUGAUUUGAAACCCGAGAACAUUUUAAUCGGUCAGGAUGGUACAUACAAGAUUGCCGACUUUGGUGUUGCACAUUUUUUCGAAGAGGACGACAAGGAUUCUAAGGCUAAGGUUACAUGUGGGGCAGCUCCUUCUUCUAUAGUGACGCCGCAGAGAAAGGGAUAUGUCUCGACAACAGCUGGUACGUAUGCAUUCAUGGGCCCAGAGACACUCAAAGGUGGCGAAUACAGUGCAUAUGCGGCUGACAUUUGGGCGCUGGGCAUUACAAUCUACGCUUUGGCCUAUGGCAGGAUUCCGUUCUAUGACCCCGAUGUAAUGUCACUGUUUGAAAUGAUUGAGAAGAACCCGAUCGAGUUUGACAACGGGGCAGAGGAAAAUAGUAACGACGAAGGUUUGGUUGAGCUGCUUCACGGCUUACUGGAGAAGGACCCUGCAAAGCGCUGGUCGCUGCAAAAGUGCAAGGAGCAUUGGUGGGUCCUGGACGGUUUGUCCGAUGAGGAGAAGAAGCAGUAUGUGGAGACAAGCUACGAGGCCGUGACGGUUGGACCGGAGGAUUUGGCGUGCGCCGUGACGCGCGUGACAUCUUUAAAUAUCAUUUUGCGAGUAAAGCUUGGCGCCAGUAAGUGGAAGCGCAAAGCGAUGCGAUCACUAGAGGAGCGACGGCGAUCUCUGAAUGAUGGUGGCAGCAACUUUGGUGAGUCUAUAUCUUCACGUUUUUCUGGUGUGAGUAUGUUUGAGUCAAUGGAUUCAGAGACGAAGCAUUCGAUAGUCUCUACAGAGCUUGCAAGCAACCAGCUCGAGAUAUAA